UUCGAUUCCCACCCCUCCGCCAUCUUCGUCCCCUAUUCCCUUUCCCCUCCCCGCAUUGUUUGCUGCUUGUCGUAUGCCACGGGAUCUGCUCUCACCGGUCGUAUAUCUUUCCCUCCUUUCUGCCCUUCCUCCGCUGUCCCUCUUUUGCGUGGUCCGGGGUUGAACCGGUGUCAUUUCUCGGUCCUUCCUCCCGACACCUCGGGUUGAGUCGUCAAAAAGUCUGCAUAGGCAGGAUCGGUGCAUGGUCUGCUACUGCGGUCAAGGGUCUUCUCUGUAUUGCUCCCUCCCCUUCCCCUCCGUAUCCACGCCGAACCAGCGUUAGAGUACCGUGUGGGGGACAGGUGGCCAUCGAUAAAUCAAUAUAACCGAGGGAGUGUGUUUAAUUAAACAAGGAACCAUCCACGGACAUCGCCGGGCUGGGCUAUUUACCAGGAGGCAUACCGCCGCUCGGCUGUGGUUCUCGUUGUGGAGGCUGUAACAGCCGAUGAUCACCUUGCAGAAUGACCGCUACACUGAGUAUGUCUUUUACCAAGGAUGUCUGCUCCUCCGGGGAAGUAGCGUCUGGCCUUGUUGGUGCGUACAAUUGACGGGUUGUCCCCCGAUGCCGUGGGCGGAUCGAAAUCAGGGUCUGCUGGCUGCUCAGUUGCUGAUACUGCUCACCCGCAGAUGGGAUGUUUAACUCGGCCCCAGAUACACCGUCUCCUGUCUACCCGGAUCGGCUGAUCCGUCCUCUACCAAAGCGUACCCUCCGCUCUCGCCUGUCCUCUGAAGCGGCC